AUGAAUUAUUAAAUUAAAGGCAACUUUAACUAUCAUCUAGAUGUUCUUCCUUCUUAAUUAAAUGAAACCUCUAAUAUUACAAUUAAUGCAUUCACAUCCAAAAAUAAUAAAAUUCCUAUCGGAUGCAAAUUUUAAUGGUUUAAAAUUUCUGAUACAGAACGUAUUAAAAUUGAAAGUCAAGGCAAUAUUUAUCAAUGUAGUAUAUUUGACAUUGGUUACAGAAUAGAAGCUAAUAUACAAUCAUUUGAAUCUGGAUAGGAAGGGUAAGCAGUUGUCGAAUUUCAAAAAAUUCAAAUCUCAUCAUAAUUGGAAAUUAAACUUUCCCAAUUGUAUCAUAAUAAUAUGAAGUAACCUUCAGGAUAAAAUUAGAUAAUAAAUCAUAGCUAACGAUUAAAAUUGGAUAUUCUCACUUGAUUGUUUAGAAAAUAGUACAUUACAACAAAAAAUCAUGUAUUCUGAUUAAUAAUUGUUACCCAGUUAGAAUUAACUUUAAGUACACUUUGUAAAUUAAAUAUUAAAGUUUAAAAGUAAAGAAGAUAAAGGUAUAAAAUAUUAGUAAUAUUUAUUAAGAUUCUUUUUGUGCUUUCUUUAUCUCAAUGUAAGCUUUAAAAAGAGUUCAUAUCAAAUUUAUUGCAUAUAAUAUUGGAAAAAUUAAUUAAAAAUAAAUUAACUUCUAAGUUCUUCUUAAUUCUCAAUUGUUAUAAUUGAUUAAUGAAAAGACUUAACUAGGUCCAAAAAAACUUGAAAUUCAAUAGACCAAUUUAUAAUUGUCAUCAAGUUAAGAUAGUAGAACCAUUAAUUAAGUUAAUUAGUUAAAAUCAGAGAUUAAUUCAUUAUCAAAUGAUAAGAAUAAAUUAUAAAUAUAAAUUGACAAAUUAAUUAGAGAAAAUAAAGAAUUAGGUAAUUUGAAUUUGUUAUUUAUAAUGUAGAAUUUAAUUCUAGAUAAUAGACAUCAUCUAGAGAUCAAAUUGAAAGUUUAGAUAGACUUAUUUAAUCUUUGAAGAAUGAAGUAUUUUCACUAAAAUAAAGAGAAACUGAGCUUAUGAAUCAAAAUUCUAAAUUAACACUUAUAUUAAAUGAAAAGAAUGAGAAGUUUGAAAAUUCAUUAUCAUAAUCAUAAAUUUUUGAUACUCAAAAAAUUAAAUAAUAUUAAGAUUUAUUAACUGAAUCUAAUUAAGAAAAAUUAAAAUUACAUGAUGAAUUGAAUAAAAUUUAAAAAUAAAAUUAAUAAUAUCAAAUUAAUUUGAAAAAUGAUUUUGAAAGAGAAAAAUUAGUCUCAACAAACUAAAAAUUGAUAUUAGAAAUAUAAAAUUAAACUAAAAUUAUUAAAGAUUUAUAAAUAGAAAUUGAAAUGUUAAAAAAUAUGAGUAGAAUAAGUGUAAAUAUGUCUUAAAUUGAAGAUCCUUUAAUUAAAACAAAACUUGAUUAAAUUGAAUAAGAAAAUUUAUUUCUUUAAAAAAAAAUAGAUAUUUUAGAAGAUGAAUUAAAAUAAAAGAAAUAGCAAAAACCUUAAAAAUAAUAACUCGAUAAAGAUUUAUAAAUACAAUAAUUAUGCGAAGCAAAUAAAAGAUAUUUAAAUGAAAAUAUAAAAUUGUAUGAAGAAAUCAGAUCAAUGAGAGAAAGACUUGAUACUUCAUCAAUUUUGAAUCAUUCCAUAAGAGAAUCAAAUUUGCAUGAAAAUCCUAUAAAUAUUUAGUUAGAACAGUAAAUAGAAAAAAUGUAAUAAAUGCAUAAUUUAGAAAUUUAGUAAUUGAAAAAAAAACUUGAAAAAGUUACUUGUGAUUAAUAGGAUGCAUAAAUAUAUAAAAAACAAUAAGAAUAGUUAGAAAAAUAAAAUAAAAGAUUGGCUGAAGAAAACCUUUAUUUGUAAGAAUAAAUAAAGAAUUUAUCUGAUCUUAAUUCAUCAAAAUCCUUCUCUAUUAAUGUGAUCAACAGUGAUUAAUAUAAAGAACUUGAAGAGUAGAUUAAUAUUUAGAAAAAAAAGAUUUUAGAAGUUUAAUAAAGAUUAGAAUUUUAAUUAUAAAGAGAUGCUUAAUAAUAAAAUAAAAUAUAAUAAUAUGAAUAAGAUCUAUCAAAAUACUAAAAUUAGUUAACUGAAAUUUAAAAAGGAGAAAAGCAUGAUGUGAAAUUAUUGCAUGAAGAUUUAAAAAACGAAAAAGAAUUAUUGAAUAUUGAAAUUACUUAAUUGACUUAAGAAAAAGAAUAUCUUACUUAAAAGAUUAAAUAAUAGGAUAAUUCUAUUUUUGAAUUAAAACAGAAGAUAAUGUAAUUACAAGAGGAAAAUCGCACACUUAUGUUAUUUCCAUAAAAUGCAGAAACUCAAUUAAAAUAAUAAGUGGCUUAAUUGUAGUUAUAAAAUUAGAAUUUAAAUGAAUAAAUAUUAAAAUUGUAAACUUAAUAAAACAUAUUUAAAGAUUUAAGUUAAAGUCACAUAUCAAUGAAUGAAAGUAUAUUUGAAUCAAAAGUAUAUGAAGGAAAAGAGUAUAAACUUUUAGAAAAUCAAAAAGAAUUACUUCAUCUUGAAAAUUAACAAUUAAAAAAGUAAAUAAGUAAAGAUUAAUCAACAUAACAAGAAAACUAAUAAUUGAAAAUAUAAAUAGAAAAACUUAGAAUAUAGAAUGAGACACUCAACAAUAAAAUUUUGGUUCCUUAAAAAGAACUAAUUAACAGUGUUACUGUAAAUCAAAUGAAGUAUGGAAUAGAGAAUACUUAAGUAAAAAUAUCAUAAGAUGAUUCAUUAAUACAGAAUUUAAAAUUAUAAAUAUAAAAUCUUUAAUUAGAAAACAGUAAAUUAUAACAAGAUUUUACAAAUUAUAAAUCAACUAUUGGUGAUAAAUCAUUUACUGAUUAAAUUAAUUAAAGCCAUUCCAAAAAGUAAACUUAAGAAACAGAUGAUUAUUAAAUUGUAAAUUAAUUAAGAAUUUAAUUGGCUGAAAAGUCUCACUAAUUAAAAGUUGUUUCAACAAAUUAUUAAAAAAAUAAUGAAGAUCUAUAAUAAAUUAUUAAUAAAUUAGGAUAAGAAAAUUAAAAUAUUAGUGAAGUACAUAAUUCAAUAAAGUCAAGAUUAGAAACAUAAAUAUGCAAACUUAUAGAAUAACUUAAAGAUAAAGAUUAAUAAAUUAUAAAACUUUCUUCUGGUAUUAAUAAUUAAUAAAAUGAAAUAUACUAAAAAAAUGGAAUAUAAGAAUUAGAAGAAGAACUAUAAUAGAAAACAAUUCAAAUUGAAUAAUUAAUCUAAUAAAAUAAAAUAUAAGCCUUAAAAAUAAAUAGUUUAAAUUUUGAGCUUUAAGAAUUUAAAUUAAACACUUCAUCUAAUUCAUUCAAAAAAUCAAGAUAUACAACAAAAGAAAUUGAUAAUAGAGAGGGUGAUUCUCAUCCUUAAAAUUUUGAAUAAGAAAAUUUAGAAUAACAAAAAGUUAUUAAUAAUCUUUUAAAUGAAAAUUCAAAAUGUUAAAGUACUAUUUAAAAAUUGCACAAAGAAUAUAAUGAACAAUAAGUAAAAUUAUAAUAAAAAAUUGAAGAUUAUUAAAAGAUCUUCAAAAUUUAAUAAUAAUCAUAAAUAGAAAUAGAAAAUUUAAAAAAAGAAAUUCAAUCAUUGAAUUUGUAAGCUUAAGAUUAAAAAUUAUAAUCUACUUAAGAACUUUUAAAAGAGAUUGAUGAAUUAAAAUUAAAAUUAACAUAAUAAAACUCAAAUAAUUCAAAAUUGUUGUCUACAGAAAAGUAGGGAAUAAAUAAUUAAAUAGUAAACUAAACAGUAUUAUUAUUGUAAUAAAAAAAUACUGAAUACGAAUUGAAAAAUAAAUAAUUAUAAUAAGAAUCUUAAGAUCUUACUGCAUGUAUUUCUGAAAAAGAUUAUCAAUUGAAAUAACAAACAUCUUAAAAUUAAUGUUUGGUUAAAGAAUUAGAUAAUGAAUAAGAGAAGAAUUAAAGUUUCAAGAAAAAAAUUUCUGAGUUAACUUUGUAGAUUAAGUAUAAAGAGGAAGAAAUAUAAGAAUUGUUAUUAAAAAUGAAAGAUUUAGAAAAAUCAAUAUAAUUUAAAGAUAAAACUAUAUUGAAUUAAAAUAAUCAAUUAGUUGAAUUUGAAAAAUUAAUGUCUUUUGAUAAAAGUUCUGAUUCUUAAUUGAUUACAAAAAGUUUUCAUGCUUAAUAUAAUAAUUUAUAGAAUUAGAUUUAACAUUAAACUUAAUAUCACGAUGAAGAUGAAAAAAUAUCUUAAUCCUUAUCCUUUUCUAAUAAUUUACAUUUUGAAAAGAUAUGUUCAAAUAAUAAUAAUAAUUAUUUUACAAAAGUUAAUUUAGAUUAAAUAGAUGCAAAACAAUAAUUAGAAUUAAAAAAUUAAAAAUUAACUUCUGAAUUAUCAAUCUAAACAGCUAAGAUAAAUACUUUAGAAUAAGAAUUAUAAACUGUGAGAAUUUAAAAUGAAAAAUUAAAUGAUUAAGUUUUAUAACAGAAAGAGAUGAUUCUCUAAUUUAAAUAGGUUUAAUAAUAAUAGCAAAAUUAUAAUAAUGUAAAUGCCAUUAUUAGUUAGACUUAAAGCUCAAAUGAAUAAAUGGAUUUGAUAAAAAUUGAAAAUAAAAAAUUAAAGGAAUAAAAUUAGCAAUUAGAAAAAUAAGUUUAGGAACUUAAAUAUUAAAUAGAAAGGCUUGAAAUUUAAAUUAAAAGUCCUAAUUCAGAAAUUUAGCUAAUUUAAUUUGAAUAAGAAUAAAUUAAGUUUUAAAAUUAAAAACUAUUAGAAAUAAGUAUUUAUUCAUAUAAUUAUAUUAGUUAAAUAAUAAUAACAAUAAAUUGAGAGAUUAUCUAAAAGUAAUCUUGCUUUGAUGGAAGAAAAUAAUAGAUUGAAUGACUAAUUAAAAGAUGUCUAAAAUAUAAGUUAUUAUAGUAGUGACUCAUAAAUUCAUUGA